AUGGAAGAUGCACGGGCUAUCUUAAAGAAAAUUCAAACACCCAUUCAACGAAAUGUUAGUCGGUGUGGGUUGACUGGAGUUAUAUUUGGUACUUGUUUAAUGUUUAUUGGAUUAAUAUUAUUAAUAUUUUUAUUGUGUUGGCCUGAAACCUUAGUGUAUUGGGAAAGAAAUAAAUGUUUUGCAAUGCAAUCAUCUUUAAAACUAAGUUCAAUUGAUAGGUAUGUAAAUGAAAGGUUAAGAGCUGUUAUUAUUGAUACUAGAACUCUUAACCCAACAAAUCAAACUUAUUUUAAUGAUUUUGUUCCUUUCUAUACUGAAGCAAUAAAUCAAAAACUUGAUGUAUAUAUGACUAUGAAUCCUGAUAGUAUUUCUAGUAUUAACAAUAUUUAUUCUUCAUAUGAAAUUAAAGGAGUUUUUGUUGAUCAAAAUAAUUUAAAGAACACAGAAGAAAUAAGAUAUGUUUUUGAUCAAGUAAAUGAACAUAAAGUUAAACGAAAUAGUCAAUUUAUUUCUGGUCUCAUUACUGAGUUUGGUGGUAUUGUUGAUCGUUAUUAUUAUGAUUGUGCAUUAUUUAUGGUUCAUUCAAAGAUUUCUACUGAAGUACUAUCAUUAACUCAGCAAGAACUUAAAAAAGGAUUAACACUAAUUGGGUUCCGAAUUUCAGAUUUUAAUAAUGACAUUACCCAAGUCUUUGAUAUAGCCAACUAUGUAGAUACUUUUUGUGAUUCUAAUGCCAACUUCUUUGGAUAUGUGAUCAUGUUUGACUAA